GCUGGCAUUGCACGAGGUUGAGCAGCGCCUGGCGGCUGUGGUCCUCCAUAAGGAGGCCCUAGCGAAAGCCGAGGCCGCCCACGCAGAGGCAGUGGGCCAGCUGGAGCAAGCCGCAGCGGCCCAUCGUGCUGCGUAUGAGGAGAUGGACAGUUUCGAUCCUGGCGAGUACCGUAACCUGAUCAUGAAGCUGCUGCUGCCGCUGCUCGCGCUCAAGCACCACCUGAACAGGCUGCACCUGACCAAGCUCCAGUUCCUAGGCGUGUUCCUGCAUGCCCUGGCCCUGGCGGCUGCAGCGGCCAUGCCAGCUAUCCCUACCAAUCUGAAGUACAUGGACGAACAGAUGCUGCAGGACACCAACCGUCAAGAAUUGGAUACUCUACGGAAGCGCAGCAUUGAGACCGUGCUCAGCACUGAAGACUUGGACCGCAUGGAGAUGCUCAUGCAGAGGCAGUCUGCCAUCAAGGCUGCCAAGCGACUCGAGUCGGUCCGAGAAUACGCGUCUACAUCCUUCAAAAGGUCUUGCAAGAGCUACAACCUGGAGCUGGAGUUCCACACCCUGCUGCUGCAUCAGGCGCACCCGCUGGCGCCCCUCCUGUGGCACCCGCCCACGCUCCAGCUG